GCAUUCGAUUCUAUUCGUUAGCUCGAAUUUUCAUGAUACGGGUACUGUUAAUAUGAGGUAGGUACAAAUAUUAAUUCUGAGUCGAGCACUACUCCGAUAUCCCUUAUCUCUUCAACUUGACUAACCGCGACAUCGUUAAUAACAUAUUUGUUUUGCAUCUUUUUUUUCCGUGACAAUUUAAAUUACAUUUCUUUACAUUUAGUUCCAUUUUAUUGCACCAAUGUUGAUCUUUGGCUUCCAUUUCAAUGUUAAAUAUUUGGCGCUGUUUUUUCAUUUGUAAAUAUUCCGGCAAUUGGCAUGUGGUACCUGGUGCUAUAGAAAAUCUUUUCUAUAGCACUAGUUUCAUUUUUUGACUGGUUAGAAGCAUCUCUCUCGGCAGUUCUUACCUCCAUUAUUUUCUGUUCAUCUUCGAGCAUAGAAUGGAUCGUUUUGUUUUUUUUUAAUUCUAAAUUCCUUCAAAGAAUCCAUGGACUCAUUGUCUAUUAAGCUAUCAUCGUUCAGGGUAUCUGUAGUGUUUCUGGAACUAGUUCCUACGUUUGUAUGUUGAUUAGGGUGGAGUAAAAAAACCUUCUUUCUUAUUCGUUUCGGAAUACCUGUAAAAAGUUGCUGUUAUUGCUUACAAAUAUACAUACAAAAUUGUAUUUGGCUCAUUAUAACAUUUGCUUGUUAUAUUUUUUUGAAUUUUUCAUGGUAAAUACCUUCGAUCAGUAAGGGUCAACGCCUACUUUCGGCAUCGGCAGGCACCAGGAAAUAUCAUAAUACAUUAACUUCAUGGAAAUAAAGUUCUAUUUCCAUUAAGACGACGACGUUGCAUUUUGAAGCAAGAUAGUCAUAAUGAUCUUUGAAGUUAAGUUUUUGGUCGAAGAUUACACCCAAGUCCCUAGCCGUUCGCUUAUGUUCAAGUGCUAUGUUAUCUAUUUGGUAUAUGUGAGAAAUUUUGUAUUUUUUUUUUAGUAAAGGUAAUUGAGUAGCAUUUUGAAAUAUUAAGAAACAUUAAAUUUAAAUUACACCAUCGAGACAAGGUAUUAAGAUCUUUCUGAAGGGAGUCACAAUCAUUUAUGCUGUUAAUUGUUCUGUAAAUUUUAAGAUCGUCUGCAUACAGUAAACAUUUUGACGAUAGAAGGCUAACUAAAUCUUUAAUAAAUAUAAUAAAUAAUAACGGGCCCAGAUGCGAUCCCUGGGGAACGCCAGAUGUCAUUAUGAGAGAUCUAGAUUUGAAACCUUUAAUAGCUACGAUUUGAUUACGGUUGAUCAGGUAUGAAGUGACCCAUCUUAACAGACUACCAUGAAUACCUAAAGAUGACAAUUUAUGCAAAAUCAACUGAAUUUGUAUAUACUGAAUCAACUUGCUGACGUUUACCAACAGCGUCGCUCAAAAAGGUCUUAUACUCAAGUAAAUUGGUUAUUGUGGAUUUAUUUUCUACAAAUCCAUGCUGAAGAGGUGUUAUUUUUUGUUUUACAUGUGCAUAAAUCGGUGAGUAAAUAAUAGACUCAAAAAUCUUAGCGAAACAGGACAAUAGGCUUAUUGGACGAUAGUUGCCACACUGAGCACUGCUACCGGAUUUAUGAAUGGGUAUAAUGUGAGCUAUUUUCCAUAUAUUUAGGAAGACUCCCUGGCGAAGAAAUUUAGCGUACAAUAUGCUGAGUGGUUUAGCCAGUUUGUUAGCACAUGUUUUGAUGAAAUAAGGAGGUAUUCCGUCUGGCCCAGGGCCUUUAUUAACGUCUAGUUUCAAGAUUUUAUUGAGAACAUCAUCAGGUGAAAUAUGAAUCAUAGAAAGUGUCAGGUGAUUAGGAUCUAUGUCAUUAAUGUGAUCAUCAAAAUUGGUUGACAGUUCAAAGACAGAUGAGAAAUACCUAGAGAACAACUCACAUAUCCCAUCACCAGUAGACGAAGUCUCACCUUCAAAGGUCAUGGUCUGAGGUAUUGAAGUGCUAGCUUUUUUAGAUCUAACGUAAGACCAGAAAGACUUUAUGUUACCAUUCUGUAGUGAGUUCUCAACAUCAGAUAACAGAGUUAUAACAUUUACUAAUUAAAUCCUUACAACGACUUCUUAAAAGCGAAAAUGAGUCGUAAUCUCUUGGAUUUGGGAUUUUUUGAACUUUUUAUGUGGUUUUAAUAAUUUUUUUAUACAAUGCUUUAGGGAUUGCCAUUGAUAGUAUGUGGAAGAUAUGCCAGUUUAAAAAAAAAUAGCAAUGAUGGGCUAGCUAGGCAAUGUUGCAUCGUUCUAGGUAUUAAGUGUUUUGCUCUUUCUAGAUCACGUAGUGUUUUUUGUCUGCGCUCCAGACCAAAGAAUCCAUGAGUCGUCAUAAGUGAGGCCGUUUUUAUUCUGAGAUCGAUCGGUUUAAAAACAUACCAAUCUAGAUGGCUUGUUUUUAACUGUUAUGUAAAAUGUACGCCUUGUCCUUGUUUCUUAUAAUUUUAUGUUCUACGCAUAAUUCAUUUUGCCAAAAUGCCUCUAUUGGCAAGAGCAGUGGUGAAGUCACACACAACGAUUCAGAAUCCUUAGAUGAUGUGGAGUUUGACGAUCCGAUGAGACCAUAUUUAAGUUACCCGCCAGGGUUAGGUUUUUUAUUCAUAUUUGUGACAUUACUCAUUGGUAUCCUUAUUAGAGCGGUAAUGCUCCGUACAAGCAUGUGUCUUCCAUACAGAGUGGUUAUGUUUGCUCUCGGCGGAAUUACUGGAUUCUGCGCCAGCCAUUAUCCUAGUCUGAAACCUAUCAUAUCGAUUUGUUACGUAGACGUUGAAGUCCUGUUUUUAGUGUUCAUUCCCAUAGUCGAAUUCAAUAUGGCUUACAGCGUUGACGCCCAUCCUUUUUGGAAAAGCUUUCCAUCCAUUUUGGUAAUAGCUGUAAUUGGGACUAUGAUGUCUGCCAUCAUAAUUGCAUUUAUGGCUUGCUUUGUCAUAGAGACAUCUUGGAAUAUCGCAACAGGACUUCUCUUCGGAGUCGCAUGUUCCCCUAUUCAGCCAACAGAAGUUAUUAAACAGUUGCAAGAAAGGACGAAGGGAAAAUAUUUGAGUGUUCUGCUUCUAGGGGAACGAUUGGUUGGUGAUGCUGCUUUGAUGAUGGCAUUUACUUGCAUUUUUGGAUAUUUGUCUACGGCGCUGAGCAGUGCGUCUCAGAUCACACUAAUGCUUCUGCGUUACGCUGGAGGAGGAAUACUACUUGGAAUCUUAAACGGCAAAAUUACAUCUAAACUUCUAUCAAUAACAUACUAUGAUACACUGAGUGCUGUUAGCAUAACACUAGUCAGUGCUUAUCUAACUUACUAUAUUGGAGAAAAAAUCCUUUACGUGUCGGGAAUUUUGAGUGUCGUCAUAGCUGGUGUAAUUAUAAGUAAUACUAAAUCAACAGUAUCUGGCGAUGUGGAAAAAAUUGUAUCUGAGUUUUGGAACAUUGUGGACAAUAUUGCUUCUACAUUAAUUUUCACCAUGGCUGGUGUGGUGAUUUUUGAGAAAGUUGCUUUGGUUUUGUCCGUGCGCCAGUUGUCGGUAGUGUUCGUGACAUACGCUACUGUGUACAUUUCACGUUUGUUGGUAUAUGCCACGCUUAUGCCAGUGCUCAAGUUCGCUGGCUUCCAAAUAACAUGGCAACAUAGUCUGUCACUGGUCUGGGGUGGUCUUAGAGGACCUCUUUCGUUGUUUAUGGCGCUAAUUGUAUUAGAAACACCGGGAGUCGCUGAUGCUGGCGAGGCAAGUUAAAUAUGGAAUAAUUUAUGACUUAAAUCAGUAUUUUUACUGAACUCAAUCAAUUCUUUACUUCAGAUCUUCAUCAUACAAAUAUCUGGUGUGGUUAUGCUAUCCCUACUAAUAAAUGCAACAACAAUGCUGAAAGUGUUAAAAAUUCUGGGUCUCUCAGAAAUUUCUUAUGCGAAGAAAGCAAAUAUGACAAACUGUGUUCGCCGGAUCAUGAUCACCCGAGACAGGUGUAUAUCCAUGCUGAAGAUGGAUAAGUUUUUAGCGGAUGCGAAUUGGAAUCUCGUUCAGAAAGGUACGACAAUAAAACAUCCGUAUCAGUUACAAAUAAAUCGGAAAGACGAAGACAGUGACGAUGACACUUACAUGGGAUAUCGUUAUACCACAUGCCCUGAUUGCGAAAGAGAAAUACCGAAUGAACCAACCAAAAAAGAAUUUUCAGAAAUGAUGAGGGAAGCGAAACAAAGAGUGUUAAAAGCCUUAAAGAUAUCAUAUUGGAGGCAAUAUGAGCAUGGCAAAAUUAGUAAAGAAGGCGUCCGGACAUUGGUGCAAGCUGUGGAUGGGGCUGCUGGUUCGCCGAGCGGACGGGUCAACAUCGAAGCAUUAGCAACUCUGUGGAAACCAAAGGCGCAUGCAAUAUGGAUACGAAAGAAGCUCGUAAACUCUCUGACAACUGCAACGGUGACUACACAAAUGCCAAGAACUAAAUGGCGUCAGCGAUGUUUCCGUAUAAUAGCGUCACCAUGGUUUGAGUGCUUCGUAUACUUGGCAAUCUUGUGCAACACACCAGUCAUACUGUAUGAAGUGGCAGUGAAGUCGCCAAGCAAACUUGUAGUCACAACGAUCAAAUCUCUCAAUUUACUUUUCUAUUUGAUUUACAUAUGGGAGAUGAUAAUGAAAAUGUCAGCCCUCGGUUUCAAAGGAUAUUUCUCAUCGAAUUGGAAUAAACUAGAUUUCUUCAUCAUCGUUAUGGCGACGGGAGAUUUGGUUAUGGAUACUAUAGACUGCUUCACGUCAUGGGACAAAUAUGACAAUGUCAACUCAAGCUUCGUAACAGCUACAAAGCUAUUGAGAAUGCUACGAUUCCUUCGACUUUGCAAAUUAGCUAGGGUCUUGGUUCCAAGGAUAAUGGCUAUAAUUGAUCGAAUGAUUGACGUCCAAUUGGCGUUUGGAUACGAUGUUGGCAAGGGAUUUGUUACUGGUGAACUGGAGGUGACGAAUCUGCUUCCUCAGCUAGUUGAUAAUAAGGUCAUCCAAGAAACUCUGACUGCCGGUCUAGAGGCCGACAGAUUGACUGUCACCCGCCAACUUGGUUUGCUCCAAAGAGACCGCCCGUGGACAGCCAUUACAGUCAAAACAAGGCAGGCUACUACUUCUACGCUAAAUAUCAUGCUUUUGGAUGCCAUGCAACUCAAAGAAGAAGGGUUUCUUGACGAAGUCGAAUACCGAUUGCUUGUAAACGCAAUACAGGAGAAAGUACAACAAUGUCGCCAUAAGGGAAGCCUGGUGGCACCAUCGUCUCCUGAAGUACAAUUACGUAAUGUAUCCUGGCUUCAAGGAAAUGAAAGGAUCGCCGAUUAUUUCAUCGAAAAUUCUGAAAUUAUCAAUUACAACACCAAUGACGUACUCAUAUCUCGAGGUGAUGAACCGAAAGGUCUCUUCGUUCUGGUCUCGGGUCUUCUAGAAGCUACAUACCUGCCUCCUGAAGAUAGUAUGGACGGAGUGAUACCCAACUAUGAAUUCUUCACCGAUUUGAAAUACAGCGAGCCUAGCCAAGAAUAUAUUGUUUCUGGCAAUGCCGUUGGUGUUAUUGGGGCUUUAACCAACCGCCCUUAUAACUACACCGUGCGAUGCGAGGCAGCUAGUCAAGCUUAUUACAUAACCAUGGCUAUUAUUAAAGAGGCAUUCAACCUGGCGCCACAUCCUAUUUUGGGAUUAGAAUCCUCUAUGUGGAGAGAAAUAGGGAUCAAAUUUGGAAUGUUAGUGUUACCCACUGUGCCCGCGUAUCACGGAUGGUCCAGAGAACGGUUGAGUCUCAGAAUGGAGCAUGCUUGCGUUCCGUGCCUUAAAGCGUUCAAGGUUUUCGUUGUAAAUGAAUUAAUGGAAGAUAUUGUCCUGAUUGAUGGAAUCUGUCAGGAUAUGGCUUCGAGGGAAAUCUUUCAAGCGCCGUGUUAUAUACCAAGGACAGUACAUCGACUGGCGUUUCCAAAAUCAUCUAAAUUGUCGGUUUCGAACGCGUGCCCGGAAACUAAGCUACUAAUCGUACCAGCCAAGGGCAGCGAUGAACUAGACAUCAUGGAGGACGAAGUCGACGACGCCCAGUGUGAAUUGGUGUCGAAUGCAUCUUCCCGCUGUCUUUACCAUAAGGUGCUCCGUCAGAUGUCUACUGAAUCCAGGGCGACAAACAACAGACGCAAUAGACAGAAGAGGCGUCGAGCAGGCCCGAGGAGAGUUAAUUACAGAGAGUCACUUCUCAAAUCAACACUAGGACAAGCAAUGAGUGAAAAGGAAAUGAAUUCGAGUUUCUACAAACCAAGUCAAAUUGAUAUGCCUGAAAAACUGGAAUCGAGUGUUCACAGAAUUGCAGGACAAGGCGGGCGAGCAGCAACCGCUCCUGCUUCUACCUUGCAGUUUGGGGAUUCUGAACAAGAGAUUGGGAACACCACUUUUAAUAGAUUAAAACCCUAAUAAAAUCAAAAUAGUUGUAAUUCAAAUUUAUAUAGGUAUAGUAAAAAUAAUAUUGUUCACUUCUUAGCAAAAAUUCAGUUAGUGUAGCAAAAAUUAAAUUUAUUCCAUUUAAUUUAUUCCGCCUUGAUCUCGAUCUUAAUUAUUUUGACAAUACUAUAGUUUUUCUGUAGUGACCGGGUAUACCGUAGAGAAAGUCUCAGUAACACCUUCUGUCGUGGUUUAUAGUAGGUACUAAAAUAUCAUAUAUGUAUAUUUUUAUUUGUCUCAUCCAAAUUUUCAAAAUCGUUAUUUAAAAUACCGCAGAUUUCUUCCCAUGCUUUGAGUGUCAAGUUCUUGUACUUAUACUCUUCUAAGCUCUUAUUUAUCCCAUAUAACUGGCCUAUCUUGAACAAAAGUAAUUAGUAGAUCGACUUCAAUAUCAGUAUCCAUUUUGUGGACAAACGUGCGCGUGCGUGUUUGAACGCGUCACUACGUAACGAACAUCGAGUUAUCACUGUUUGCAAGCAAAAUGGCGUUGGAUUUCUAACCUCCUUCCCCGCCAGUCCCGCCACCCCGCUGCCAACGCGGUCGCCCGCCAACCGAUCGUAGAACGCGCGGGUGGAAAAGGCCGCGGCUGCGGGACCGCAACCAGCGCCCGCCGGUAGAAGAUGAACCGCCGGUGCAGCGGGGCCUGCAAACAAUCGCACACGCCGCGGGCGUAAAACGCGUGGUGAAAUGUGCUUUAGUUUAAGGCUGCGUUCAGAUAUGCGGGAAUCGUGCGUUUACGAAUCGCGCGGUUUGAAACCGCAAAAUUGUGAUGCUAUUCAGACACGCCCGGUUAGUAUGCGGUAUCGUGCGUGUUAGCGUCAGUUUCAAAAUGGAGGUCGACGAAGAAGUGUGUUUUACUGUGGUUGCUCCUUAAAAAAAGAAAAGAAAAAGGCGGUAUUGGGUGCAUCCAAUAUUACGUGACCGACUAGUACAUGGUCAGUUCGUAACGUUAUAUCCCUAAUUAAGAUAACUCAUUUUUUGACUAUUUGAGAAUGUCAAUAAAAUCUUUUGAUGAACUAAUUGAACUGAUCAGGCAAGAUGUUUCAUGCUCUGAAACGCAUUUGAGGCCAAGCGUGUCACCGGAAGAGAAACUCGUAAUAACAACGUUAAGGUAAGAUAUAUUUAUUGUUCUUCAAAAUCAGCAUAAAUAUUUUCUAUAUCUGUAGAGGACUGGGAGCCUCAACUAAAUUGCGAUGAUGACGGUGACGGUGCCGGAACAGGAGGAGAUGAUCCAGAAGUAAAAUAUCCUUGCGGGCUUGUAUACUGUUGUCCUUCCCAAUACGUAGGUGUGAUCUGCUGAGUAUUGUAGCGAACAGGAGGUGGUAAGCUUUGUCCUUUUUGUAUCACUUGAAGCAAUUCAAUUUUGGUUGCUAAACGCCUAUUUUCUGGUACUUCUUUUUUCUAUACGGUAGUUCUUUUAUAGUUUUAUAUUACGACAAACAAAAUAGUUUGUCGUCAUCUUGCUUGGUAAUACUAUUUUCUUGAAGUUUAUUUUGAAAAUGUUUUCGUGACUCGAUACUUUUUGCUAUUAAAACAGCUAUUUUUUCUUAUGGCACUUGUAUUUUCUUACGUUUAGGGGGACGUAUUUUAGUGUAGUGUAGUGUAGGGGAGUUCUUCAAUAUUAGUUGUAGUGUGUUUAUUACUUACCUUCAUACAUACAUUCUGCAGGAAAGAUUAUCUUGAAAAGUACAUAUAUCGGGCUACUUUACGAGCACUUGAACCAGAAGGAGUUGUUUUUUCUUUUAUGUAUUCUUAUUGUAGCAAUCUACGAGAUUGCUUUUCCAUAAAAUUAAUUAAUGAUCAAUCAAGACUUUCGAUUUAUUUCAAUACAACAACAUAAGUGAGGUAAGUAUAGCUAACUUAAGCACAAUAAUUUUCUUUCUAUGAGUAACUUUUAUAACUUUUUUUUUCUUAAAACAACAAUGAUAAAGAAAAUAAUACACUUUCUUAACAUAUAACAACAAAGAAUAUUUAGGAACUGAAAUAAUACUUUCUUUUAGGAACAAAAUUAUGGACCAAGUACCUAUUCAAUAUUUAUAACAAUGUAGGUAGAUGACCAUUAACAACCCAAACAAAAGUAAAAAAAUAAUAAUGUGACUUUCAUUAAGUAGUAAAAAAAACUAUUUUUCCUUAGGUAUAAAAAAACAGCACUAAUAUCGCUUUUUCUAACUUGACGAACAUUGAGGUUUGGAGAAACGCGAAGUGGAAAGAUAUAAAAUGAGUUCCUACUUUUAGAUCCAGUAUUUUUGGGUUCGGCAAAAUCAUCUUAAUCUCAUUGAUUUUUACUCCAGCUAGAUCAGGUUCAAUUGGCAUAGUGAACUUCAUACAUUGCUUUAAUUUCACCCUCAUAAACGAAACUCCGCAAGUAUGAGUAUCGAUCAUUUCCGUGACAGCUGCGACAUAAAAGACGCUUACCUUUUUUGUUCGAAAUAAUACCAAAACAUAAUCAUUUAGUUGAGGUUUCCUUGGUAGAGCUUAUAAAUUGUUUCCAUCCAUACUUACAUCACUGUCAGAUAACACUGGGAUAUUUUCUUCGUCACUCUCAGACUCUAAUUCGAUUUUUACCCUUUUCCGUUGUUUUUUUGGUUUAAGAGUGCCUCGAGAUUUAGACUCACUAUCAAAGAUCGGCCUUUUAACUUGAUUGGCUUGCGAUUUCCUUUCUUUUGUUUUGUUUCUACAUUCUGUUAUCUCGUCCUGUACUGGGGUAUCGGUCGCUAUGAGGCUUCUUCCCAAUUUUCUUGGCUUACGUUUUCCUAUCCUGGGUCCUGCUUUUAAUGCUGGCAUAAAAUCUCUUGGUGAUGUAAUUUUUUCUGUCACGCUAUCUGAGUUGUGUUGAGUAGGAUCUUCAAACAUAUCUAGAUUUUCAGGUGUAUCACAAGGCAGAGUAAAUUCUUUUCCCACAUUACAUCCGCAUACUACAGCAAGAUUACAACCACUCGAUGUAGGACUGAAUGGCCCUUCAUCAAUUUUAUAAAUAUUUUCAGAACAAUGUUAAUUGAUCAACGUGAGUAGGUCACCUUUUCUUAAGGAAUCAUCAAAUUCCACAUUAUGUCUUUGCAACCAGGCCUGCAUGGCAGCUUUUGUGUUUGUCAUGGUUAGCUUUCUGUCUUCCUGGACAGAAUGAUAUGCGGCGUUAUCCAUAACGAUUACUGAUCUUGGAGGUAAAUUUGGCAAGAAUUUUUCCGUUGUCUAUUUAUUAAAAUUUUCAAAAUUCAUGUCACUAUGAUAACCUCCUGUUAUACUUUGACAAAUCCAGGCAUCCUGCAUAAUUAAUAUAAUUAAUCUUGGCCCUUUGCCAAUAUGUAAUAGCACUUCACGUUCUUCUUUAGAUUGCCAACACGAUGAAACAUUUAAGGAGUAAUUGACGUCUCAUAAAGGUAAACAAUGGAUCUCUGGUGUCCUCGAUGUUUUUUAAUCGCGUUCAGAUAUUUCUAUCGCCAAGAAACAAUAUUCGGUUGUUCAAUAAGCAACUUUCUUUAUGACUGAUAUUUCUUAAAUGUAAAGCCAAGUUUGUGCAGUAAUAACCUCAAAUAUUCUCGACUGCAAUUUACAAUUCCUGCGCUGUUCAUAUUUUCAUACAAAAUUACUCGAUGAACUUUACUUGACCGUUCACGAUGAAAAUGUAUGGACCAUCCGUUGCAUCAAGUUGCAGUUGCGAAGCCAUUUUUGACAGAGCUAAAAAUCUUUCCAGCAUAUAAUACUGCGAAUUCCACCGUGUCCUUACGUCCAGAAUAAAUUUUACGGUGGAUUCCCUUUGUCAGUCUGCAUUUUUCUAAGUUUGUCUGAAUUAACAACACUGUUUUCAACUCAUUUUACAAUUUCUCGGACUUUUUUUAUAAUGCCAAAUACUGGUGUCGAAGGAUCAUUUAAGAAGAAUCCACGAUCAAAUUUAUGGUGUGCGCAAAACAUGGCAAAUGUUUGGUUUCACCAAGUGCUCUUUUCAUUGCGGCAACCAUAUUAGCGCCAUUGUCUGUAAUAGCACAAGUUACUUUUAGCAGUGGAAUAUUCCAUUCGUUGAGAAUAUCUACAAAUGAAUUUGAAAUAUACUCCGCUGUGUGGUUCGUUUUAAGUUCUCUUGUGGCAAUGUUAGCGCUGGUAAAAGCUAUUUUCUCAAUAAAAUGUACAGUUACACCAAAAAGCUCUUCUCAUUCAUGGUUUCGGUCCAUGUGUCGAGCGUCACACACACCUCAGUUGCAUAGGCUGGAAUAGCUCAGUUGGAACACACUUUUGCUCUUUUCCGAAACGAAACACAAAAUUUUUUCAUCAGUUUCAUCAUCAAACAUUAAAUAAUCUCUGCCAAAAGUCUCUGAAAUUUUAACUUCACUGAGAGUUUUAAAAGAUGUUUUUUCAAGAUCAAGAAAUUUGUUGCGACAUCUUUAAAGGGAGCUUUUCAAAUUGUGCUUGCGGUCAGCCGGACGGCUAGUAGCCGCAUUGCGGGUAACCGCAUAGUAUCGUAUUUGGUUUCAAUACUAACAAUUCAAUUCACCCAUGCAAAAUAAUACUAAUAUGCUGCUUAUACCUGCUUCCACUGCACAAUACUCUUGUCUGGUCCAAUUUCUUUUAGGAGGUCUCGGACCUCUUGCCAAGUGUCCUCCAUCAAUCUCGCCUCUAACGGUCCCGUGUACUAUCAUUCUCUCAUCUCAUUAUUUCGGCUAACUUGGCUAGUUGUGCAUAAUUAAAUAAGCAAUACCUCUGAUUCUGUGUGCAUUAUUGCUCCUGAAUCUGUAAUUAACUAAUUGGAUCUACUUAGUAUAUGGAUAUACUUACCACAUUUACUCUAGCGAGAAGAAAGACAAAUUCAUACAAAAAAAAUAUAUGACUCAACGACUAGCGCCAUCUAUAGUUAUCCCACUGCAUUGCCUUCUGGCGCCAAAUGACAAUGGGCGUUUUGGGACCUAUGUCCAAUAAAGAUGAGUCAUAUAUCGUUGGAUAGCUC